AUGUCCGAGGUCACAGAUCUAUACGCAUGGUUAGCCAGAUCAGCAUGCCAGCAAUACCACGCAAAUUUCGUGAAACAUGACAUCACGUUUGAUCUCCUCUCCGAUUUGGACUCAGACGCUCUUCGAGAGCUAGGCGUGCUUAAAGUUGGAGAUAGAAUCCGUUUGGAAAUUGCAAUAGCAGAGCUCAAGUUAGCUACACUUAAAAAAAAGGUCCCCCUAAAAGAAAUUCGUGAAUAUAUCGAAAAAGAACAGGUUCCAAUAAAGCGGGUUCCUACCUCGGAGAAAGCUUUGUUAUCUCCAGGGGCAACAACAUCUAGAAUUGUAACGUUUAUUCUACCAGAUGGGUCACUUCUUAAAGUCAAUGUGGAAGGAUGCUUCAGUGCACAACUGAUCAAAAAGAAAGUCUUAAAAAAACUAGGAGUACAUGAUGACGACAACGAAUACGACACGUUCGUUCACAUGAAUGUAUCUGGUGACAUAAAGAUCUCAUCAUUGUAUGACGUUGAGUUUGUUACCAUAUGCUUCUCUCCAGAUAGACCGGAAAAGCAUCGCAUAAUGCUAACACCGAAAAAUGAAGCGCCCACGCCAACUGCAACCGCAAAAUCACUCCGUAUCGUGCAAAGACUUUCUGGCAAGAAGCCAACCAAUCCAAGUAUCCGCAGUUUCUUUGGACAACGGCCUCCAAGUGAGUUGAUCUCAUCAAAUUUGGGAGAGUACUUCCCUACUGCAGGCCUGCAUGCCCUAGAAACAACCAUUCGUAAUUCUGUACGACAUAGCAUGAGAGUUCUGAGAAGGUUUAACUCUUCCAGUUCUGUUCUGAAUGUGCUGUUGGGAAGGCCAUCCAUCACCUCAGAAGAACGUUGGUAUAGAGGUGUGCAUCAGCAGCGGACCAUUGGAGAUGUAUUGGUGCAUAACGUGACCAUGUUAGACGAGGCCAAAAUCUCUUCUGACAGGAGUAACAGACAUUCACGCAUUGAGCUAAUGAAUGUGGAAUCAGAGAACGAAGAUGAAGAUAAUUUGAGCGAAGCUCUGGAUGAGUUCGACUUUUGUGGUGGAAAAAAAUGGCUUCAAGGCGCAAGAAUUGGAGCCGGUAGCUUUGGUACUGUUUACCUAGGUAUGAACCCUAUGAGUGGUGAGUUGAUGGCUGUAAAGCAAGUACCAAUUCCAACCGGGUCUUCCAAGCAAAAUGAGGUUCACCGCUCUAUGAUAUCUGCUUUACAAAGAGAAAUGGCCAUUCUCAAGGAGCUCAAUCAUGAAAAUAUCGUAUUAUACUAUGGGCUGUCUUCAGAUGCGAAUUUUCUUAACAUAUUUUUGGAAUAUAUCCCAGGGGGUUCUGUGCAACUGAUGUUGCAUCUGUAUGGCCCCUUUGAAGAGCCGUUGAUCAGGAACUUUAUUCGACAAGUUCUUGUGGGAUUAAGCUACUUGCAUGGAGUUGACAUCAUACAUCGUGAUAUCAAGGGUGCCAACAUCCUCAUUGAUAUCAAGGGAAUAGCAAAAAUUAGUGAUUUUGGUAUUUCCAAGAAGGUGAAUACAACAGAUGAGGAGAAAAGCAACGAUACUACGGGGAAGCAAGCUAAGCGCGCCUCUCUUCAAGGGCUGGUUUAUUGGAUGGCCCCAGAGGUUGUCAAACAAACAGCAUACACUAAGAAGGCGGACAUAUGGUCUGUUGGAUGUCUAGUUGUUGAAAUGUUCACCGGCCGCCAUCCCUUUCCCAGCUUUAGUCAAAUGCAGGCUAUCUUUAAAAUUGGCACACACACUCGCCCAGAGGUUCCGAAGUGGUGUACGAUCGAAGGUCAAGAUUUUCUCAAUAAAACAUUCGAGUUUGACUAUUCAAAAAGACCAAGUGCGGUGGAAUUGCUUGCAGAUUCAUUCUUGGCACCUUUGAUUGUGUCUGACACAGACAACGAAAAGAGGUCAGCUCCAGUCGCACUGUAA